AUGGACGCACCCGAUGACAGAGAUAUCAGAUUUCAACGCGCAUCUGGGGAUCUAUUGAAAGAGUUCGAGGACAAGUUGACCCCGCUGCUAUGGAAGCAAAACACAAUCCGUGGACAGUCUCAGAAGACUGUGCAUAGAUGGUCGCAGGUACCGAAAGAAAAUCGGCUGAUUGAAGUGCUCGAAAGAUUUCAAGAAUGGCCUCAAUUGCUUGAUUCCAAGCUCCAGCCGUUCCUCAGCCAACUGGUCGACGCAUUUCUUGUCUAUCUGACGAAGAAUCGUCAAUUUUAUGGAUCGACUAAAGGAAGAGCCCCAUCUCAAACACAGAUUGUCCCUUUGCCGAGGUCAAUAUGUAGAAUUAUUUACACCUUCUGCAAAGUACGCGGCGUCAAGGUCAUCAGCCGCUUUCUAAACAAUGAGCCCAAGUAUCUGGACCUGAUGCUUCGUGUUUUCAUCGAAUGGGACUCCAUAAAAUCCGACGAAGAAUCCAAACUUGCAGCAACAGGAAUCAAUGUACAGCCACUUCGAUGGGAGGAACGUUAUGUCAUGCUGCUUUGGCUCUCUCAUCUACUGCUCGCACCCUUUGAUCUAACAUCCUUGUCAUCCGAUAAUAUCCCAGUACCGUACGACGAUGUGGACAUCCUGGAGUCAAUUCCAUUGACCACACCCAGAAUUGCCAAAGCUAUCAUCUCUAUCGCUGUCCGCUAUGUUGUCACUGCGGGGAAAGAGCGAGAGGCAGCAACGCUACUUCUCGCCAGGUUGGUCUUGCGUCCGGAUAUGCAACGACUUGGUCUUUUGAAUAUAUUUACGGACUGGGCUUUUUCUGUUAUUCAACCACCCGUCGAAAGCGAAACACUACCACCUGUGUAUACUUGCAUAGGUGUUCUGUCUUUUCUCGCCAGGUUGGGUGUUUCCGGACAGGUAGAGGACCUCGCCCCAUUGGUCACCAAAUUGUUCGACAAGUCGCUCCGUAUUGCACAGGGGAACUCGGGAAUCUGUACAAACAUUCGAUCUUCUGCUUCAGCGCGAAAGAUGCUCAUCAAAAUCCUCCGCACCUCUGCAACACUCGCCUUGACUUUAGCGGAAAAGGGCGAUCCGCAUGUGCCAGAGGAUAAAGUGUCAUUCAUAUUGGAAGAAUCAAUUGAUUUCUUUCUAGUGACAUUAGCCGACAAGGACAUGCCUGUCAGAUUUGCCGCAAGUAAAGCUCUUGCUGUGGUAGCGCUAAAAUUGGAUGCGGAUAUGAGUGCUGAUAUUGUAGACGCAGUGACCGGCUCACUAAAUGAAGACAUCCUAUACCAGAAGAACGAUGGGGGUCUUGUCACAGCACAUGAAGCGCAGAACAUGAACAUGAAAGACUUGAAGCGUAAUUUGAGUGCUGUUGAUCCGCACCGCUGGCAGGGGUUGAUCCUCACACUGGCCCAUCUUCUGUUCCGAAGAGCUCCUCCGCCUCGUCAACUUCCCGAAAUCCUACAAGGCCUUGUUUCCGGCUUAGACUUUGAACAAAGAUCAGCUACUGGUAGCUCCGUUGGAACUGGUGUUCGUGAUGCAUCCUGCUUUGGUAUAUGGGCCGUGUCACGCAAGUAUACCACCAAGGAACUGCUGUCCCUAAAUACUGGUACCGUCAAAGCACCUACGGAGCAAGAAGAGCGUGCCAUUUUACAAAUGCUAGCUGUGGAAUUGGUGUGUGCUGCUUGUAUAGAUCCAUCCGGAAAUAUUCGUCGUGGUGCCUCUGCUGCAUUGCAAGAGUUGAUCGGCCGCCAUCCUGACACUAUCCUCGAAGGAAUUCCUCUAGUGCAAGUCGUGGACUACCACGCCGUGGCACGACGCUCGAAAGCUAUGAUUGAGGUUGCGCAGGGUGCUGCACUGAUUGAUAGUGCAUAUUGGAGUCCUCUCGUCAACUCCUUACUCUUCUGGAGAGGAAUUGGAUCGUCGGACGCAGACUCUCGGCGAACUGCAGCUACAGCACUCGGCGAACUGUGCAAACAAGAUUCAUUCAAAUCAAUACAGACUGUACUUCAGCGGUUGAACUCGCGGCUAUUGACUAUUGCACCUACUGAUGUGGAAACUCGCCAUGGCUGUCUCUUAGCUUAUGGAGCUGUCGUGGAUGCUUUCACUUCUGAGUAUGAAUCUAACUUAAAACAUGAAAACGCCGAAACUGUGAAGGAGAUGAUCUUGCAGCUAUGGGAAGUAUUCAACUCAUCGCAUGGCCCAACGAAGAACGAUUUGACUCAACAGAAUGCACGACCCGAACUUACCGCCGAGGCAGUAUCGUGUCUUAUUGCAUCUCUUGCGCGUGCUACAGGAACAUUCUCGCUUGACAAAAGCGUGCCUGAAUCUCUUCUCCUGAAAGUAUUGAAUACCAUGUUGCUUUGUGUAUCCCGCGGCGAAGACGUAGCAAUCAAUGCAUCUUCCGGAGCUGCAUCACAGCUGUUCCGCAUCCUCCCCUUGGAGAAACAGGAAGAAACGGUACGCGGCUGGUUUGCGAAUAUCCAUGCUAGUUGGAAAUCUGCUAGUGGCCGUGGUCAAAUCUCUGCAUUGGGGGCUGUGUUCCAUCGCUUGCCAUCUAGUAGCAGUAUUCGCGAGUAUAUCAUAAAGGAGUUGAUCCAUUGCACCAAGGAUGAGGAGUUUAUUGAGAAGAGAGUAUCUGCCGUUCAAUGCCUGGCGAGUGGUGUUCUACCCGACAUUCAGAUAUCGGAUUCUCUAGCAGAGCACAUUGUCGAAUUCCUAACCGACUACACGACUGAUCGACGAGGGGAUAUCGGAUCAUUCAUCAGAAUAGAAGCUAUCCAAGCAGUACAGGUCAUUCUAGAUCAGACCAAAGCCCAAGACACGGCAGACGGUACCUCUGCAUACAUCGAUCGGUUCAUUGGGUGUCUGUGCCGGUUAGCAGCGGAGAAGCUGGAUAAAGUCAGAUUCCAAGCUUGGGUUUGUUUGCAGCAAUACUGGGGAGAUGCUACUCAUCUGCCAGCCAUGGAAAGGAAAUUCGAACAUUUCAGCCAAGUCUCCUCAUUCAAUUACUUUCACCAACUACUCAAACUCCUACAGGUGGAAAAUCUCCGAAGACCGCUCGUGCAGGGUCUCAUCACCUCAGCCAGCGCUGGAACCGAGGGCUUGAUUCAAUCAUCCCGCUUUGCGCUGAUCGAUUUUAUCGAAAAUCAGCCCAACCGUGAAAAGAAGUACGAAUGGGUCAACAAGCUCAUCGAGAAUCUAGUCUCAAUCCUCGAGACGAAUCUGGUCGAUGAUCGAUACACAAUUCCCGCAUUGGAAGUAUCUGCUUUCUUCUUGGAUACAUACAUCUCCGAACCGUUGGUUCAAGCAAACAAACCCUGUCUCAAAAAGCUCUUUCUCCUAACACAAAAAGCACACUUCAAAUCAUCCAAUAUCCCUCGCUUGGAGGCAGCUAUCAAGGUAUACGCAUCACUCUCACGAGCAACCGACUUAAGGGUAGAUGUCCUGAAGAAACUCACUGCGAUGUUGUUACAUCCUUAUCCAAAGAUACGUAUAGCAGUCUCUGAUUCAUUGUUCAUGACGAUCCAGUCUGAUUUAGUUAAGAAUGAGGACUGGACUGUACCACCGAAGGAGUUGAAGGUUGCUGUUGAGAGAUUACGAGGCGAAUUAUUGAAAGGUCAUUAA